GCUUAACACUACCCACACUACAGAAUGCGAAUCUCUCCCAUAAACGUAUUCACACACACCGUUCUAUUCCGGAAGGAGCCCAUAAUAUAGCGGAGCCAAUCACUAACAAGCCCCACCGUUGGCCGGACUCUUACUAGAGGGACUCUACCCUACUCAUCUCUGUUUGGGAUUUCCCUGUUUCUACUCAAUCCCCUACUUCCAAAAAUUUUUUUUACUACCCUGCGUCUCUAAAAUAUACGAUUUUUAUUGUUCCGAGUGUCAUGCUCAAUAUCACAGUGCAGUUCAAUAUAGACGAACAUAGCAUCCGAAACAUGUCAUAAUAUCAUUGUCUUUACUGUUUUUGGUAUAUUAAAACGACCAAAAUUUAUAUACGAAAAUGGACCAACUUCAUCGUUUGAGUUGUCCAUUCACUUGGGAAAUGAAGAAUGUGGUUUCGACUCCAGAAAGUCUUUUAUUGGAUUACAGCCAAUCUGAGUCUAAUUGGAAUAUUGAAACUGAUAAGGAACUAGGAAGCUUUACUCUUAUGAAGUUAAUGUACUCGGUGAUGGUAGCUUUCGAAAAUGCAGAAAAAGGUGGUUUAAAAGAAGCGAUGCAAAAGAUUAAAGAAUCGGAAGAGAUUUUUAUUAAAUUGCAAAGUAUGCCAAAUGGUAUAUCUAUAAAGGCAGUAGAUCAUAUUAUUAAAAGUACAAAAUGCUUUAUUCUAAAAGAAAUGAAAAGAUUUUCUGACGUAACAAAUAUAUUAAAGUCUAUUGACUCUUGUGAUAAAGAAAAACUUGAAAUCGGUACUUUGUAUGGGUGUCAAAGCAUCGCAUGGUCAUUCUAUUUUGCUGCUGAAUGCGAUAAGGCUAUUCAAAAUGCAUCAAGAGCUAUUGAUUUAAAUUCUGACAAUGGACUAUGGCAUUUCAUCCUUGGCAAAAGUUUGAGGCGUCAGAGGAAAUUUUUUAACUUUGGUACUAAAUUAACAUUAAGAGAGCAAACUUCGUUUAAAAAUGCAUUUGACUUAUUACCCACCAACCCAUAUGUUGGAAUCUAUUGCGCUCAAAUGUACCGUGAGUCGUACGACCUGAAGAAUGCAAAAAGAGCAUAUACCAAAGUACUCGCCAUGAAACCUGACAGUUGUGACAUUUAUCUCAAAUUGGCACUCGGAUUUAUUCGUACCAAAAGCUGUGAAAAAGCCUCCGAAUGCUUGAAAUAUGUAGCUUCAAGGACUCCAAAAGAUAAAACAUAUCUUCACUACAUAGGAAUAUAUCUUGAAAAAUGUGAGAAGGAUUAUAAGGGAGCCUUAAAAUAUUUCAAAGAAGCAGGAGCUUUGUAUAAUUAUGCAGCAGAUAUGAACUACGUAGCUCUAAAAAUAUCUCAGAACUGCAACAAAAAUGAUACUCUUGAAUAUUUAUUUGAAAUGUUGGAUCGAUACAAAUCUAUUGCGUACAAAACACAGGCAAUACAUUUAAACAUAGGAUCGGUUUAUUAUACACAAAAAAAUCUGAAUGAUGCAGGUGAACAUUACCUGAAAGCAAUCAAAAUUGAUCCACAAAAUACAAUACUGGAAAAAUUUCACAACGUCCCACUUACCAGAUUUAAAAUAAAUAUCUUUGACGUACUAAAAAGGGAAGUAAUACCUUUAUGGAAAAAACAAGCCGUUGAUCAAUCAACGCGUGAGAUGUUGAGGGAAGCAGAAGAAGCCUGUAACGAAUACAAUGCUCGUUUCAGUAAGACAACAGCACAGAAGAUGACAAAGGAUUCACUGUGAAUCAUCUUCAUGGAACCCAUUGUUAUUAUUGAAUGUCAACGAGCGUUUUAAUGUUAUCUAUACUUCGACAUCCUUAUUUAAUGGAAGUUUAUAUAAUCAUUUAUUUAGACGUGCUGGCAGGAAAUCAAAAGUUUAUAUAUUUGAUAACAUACAUAUAUGCGCUGGGUGCAUUGUGCAGUUACUAUUGUUUUAAUGAGUAUUUGAAGAACAGAGUGCUGAUAACUUAUCGAUAUUCUAUCACUAACAUUUCUGCUUAUCGACUCACGUUUCACUUACAGUUCAUUCCAGGGGUAGAGUUUCGUUUUCGGUAAUAGUGAAUGCGUUAAAGUAGACAUUGAUAACUAACGUUUUUUUUUUCAUAGUUAACGUAUAUUUUAAGUCAUACAAAAAUUUAAAGAGUACACAAAAAAAAUAUUGUCCUGUAUUCAAAAUAAUGUUAAUACUAAACAGUGAAACGAAGUAAAGACUCCACUUAUGUAACAUUGAAGUAAAACAGACGGGUCUAUGAAAUAGGUUGUCAGUGUAACGUAUUUUUUGCGAAUCUGUCUUUCCUUUAUGAAUCAAACACUACGCGAAAAAAAACUCUAGAUAAAAAGAUAUCUAUGUAAGAUAAUUUUCAAUUGAGCAGGAUUUAAAACUAUUACAUAAUCUGUUAUAAUUAGCCUUCGACAUUUAACACUAUAAAAAUAAUUAUUUUGAUUGCUUGAAAAAAAAAAUAAAUAUACAUUACUCUUUUCAGUGCC